GUUGUGCAGGUUCAGCAACAGGUUCAUCCCAGUUUUUCAGCAAAAGAAGAUUCCCUCUAUUAUAUUGAAGAGUUGAUACUUCAGCUGCUAAACAAACUCUGCAUUGCACAGCCACGGACUGUCCAAGAUGUUGAGGAGCGAGUUCAAAAGACAUUUCCUCAUCCAAUUGACAAGUGGGCUAUUGCUGAUGCACAGUCUGCUAUAGAGAAACGAAAACGAAGAAACCCUCUCCUACUACCUGUGGACAAGAUACAUCCCCUAUUAAAGGAGGUUCUAGGCUAUAAAGUAGAUUAUCAUGUCUCUCUUUAUAUUGUGGCUGUUUUGGAAUAUAUCUCAGCUGACAUUUUGAAACUGGCUGGAAAUUAUGUUUUCAAUAUACGACACUUUGAAAUCUCCCAGCAAGACAUUAAAGUGUCUAUGUGUGCUGAUAAGGUUUUGAUGGAUAUGUUUGAUCAGGAUGUUAUUGGUUUGGUUUCGCUGUGUGAAGAUGAGCCCUCUUCUUCAGGUGAACUCAAUUACUAUGAGCUAGUGAGAACUGAAAUUGCAGAAGAAAGACAAUAUCUACGGGAGUUGAAUCUGAUAAUAAAAGUGUUUCGGGAAGCUUUCCUGUCUAACAGAAAGUUGUUCACACCUUACGAUAUCGAUACGAUCUUUAGCAACAUUUCAGAUAUUCAUGAAUUGACUGUGAAGCUUUUGGGGUUGAUUGAGGAUACUGUUGAAAUGACAGACGAAAGUAGUCCUCAUCCUUUGGCUGGCAGCUGCUUUGAAGAUCUGGCAGAGGAACAAGCCUUUGAUCCAUAUGAAACUUUGUCCCAGGAUAUUCUUUCCCCACGGUUUCAUGAGCAUUUUAAUAACUUGAUGGCUAAACCAGCUGUUGCGCUACAUUUUCAGUCUAUUGCUGAAGGUUUUAAAGAAGCUGUACGGUAUGUUCUUCCACGACUUAUGCUGAUCCCAGUUUAUCAUUGUUUGCACUAUUUUGAAUUAUUACAGCAAUUGCAGGAAUGCAGUGAAGAUGAAGAAGACAGGGAGUGCUUGAAACAAGCCAUUACUGCUCUUUUAAAUCUCCAAUGCAGCAUGGAGCGCAUUUACAAUAAACAUUCACCUAGACGGCGGCCUGGGGAGACAAUUUGUCGUUUUUACAACCGCCAAGUAAGAAGCAAGCACCUGGCCAUCAAAAAAAUGAAUGAGAUCCAGAAAAAUAUUGAUGGUUGGGAAGGCAAAGAUAUUGGCCAGUGCUGCAAUGAAUUCAUAAUGGAAGGUGUGCUGACAAGGAUAGGAGCCAAACAUGAACGCCACAUAUUUCUCUUUGAUGGUUUACUGAUCAGCUGUAAAACUAAUCAUGGACAAUCGCGGCUUCCAGGUUACAGCAAUACAGAGUACAGACUUAAGGAAAAAAUUAUCGUGAGGAAAAUGCAGAUCAUUGACAAAGAUGACACUUGUGAAUACAAACAUGCUUUUGAGCUAGCGUCUAGAGACGAGAACAGCACCGUGUUUGCUGCCAAGUCUGCUGAAGAGAAGAACAAUUGGAUGGCAGCUCUGAUUUCCCUUCAGUAUCGCAGUACACUGGAUCGAAUGCUUGACUCAGUGUUACUGCAAGAAGAAAAUGAACAGCCACUGAGACUGCCCAGCCCAAAUGUGUAUCGUUUUGUAGUGGAAGACUCUGAGGAAAACAUUGUUUUUGAGGACAAUCUGCAAAGUAGGAAUGGAAUCCCGAUCAUUAAAGGAGGAACUGUAGUGAAACUAAUUGAAAGGCUAACAUACCAUAUGUAUGCAGAUCCUAAUUUUGUUCGCACUUUCCUUACUACCUACCGCUCCUUUUGUAAGCCACAGGAAUUGCUGAGCUUGUUGAUUGAAAGGUUUGAAAUCCCAGAGCCUGAGCCUACUGAAGCAGAUAGGUUGGCAAUAGAGAAAGGAGAGCAGCCAAUCAGCGCAGACCUGAAAAGAUUUCGCAAGGAAUAUGUCCAGCCAGUACAACUCAGGAUAUUAAAUGUUUUUCGACACUGGGUAGAACAUCAUUUUUACGAUUUUGAAAGAGAUCUGGAGUUGCUCGAUAAACUGGAGACAUUUAUUUCAAGUGUAAGAGGCAAAUCCAUGAAGAAGUGGGUAGAAUCCAUUGCUAAGAUUAUCAAGAGAAAAAAACAAGCUCAAGCAAAUGGAAUUAGUCAUAACAUUACCUUUGAGAGCCAACCUCCCCCAAUUGAAUGGCAUAUUUGCCACCUUGGACAGUUUGAGAUGGACCUGAUGACACUACAUCCAAUAGAAAUUGCUCGUCAGCUAACACUUCUAGAAUCUGAUCUCUACAGGGCAGUGCAGCCAUCUGAACUUGUUGGGAGUGUGUGGACUAAAGAAGAUAAGGAAAUUAACUCCCCAAAUCUAUUGAAAAUGAUUCGGCACACUACAAAUCUUACUCUUUGGUUUGAAAAGUGCAUUGUGGAAACAGAGAAUUUUGAGGAGCGAGUGGCUGUGUUAAGUAGGAUAAUCGAAAUUCUGCAGGUUUUUCAAGAGUUGAAUAAUUUCAAUGGUGUGUUGGAAAUAGUCAGUGCGAUGAAUUCUGUGUCAGUGUACAGACUAGAUCAUACAUUUGAGGCAUUACAGGAGAGAAAAAAGAAAGUUUUGGAUGAAGCAGUAGAACUAAGUCAAGAUCACUUUAAGAAGUACCUAGCUAAACUCAAGUCAAUCAACCCACCCUGCGUGCCUUUCUUUGGAAUCUACCUAACAAAUAUUCUGAAGACAGAAGAAGGGAAUCCAGACUUUCUUAAAAGACAAGGGAAAGAGUUAAUCAACUUCAGUAAGAGGAGAAAAGUGGCUGAAAUUACAGGCGAAAUUCAGCAGUAUCAAAACCAACCUUACUGUUUACGGAUAGAACCAGAAAUACGGCGGUUCUUUGAAAAUCUCAAUCCUAUGGGAAAUGCACCAGAAAAAGAGUUUACAGACUACUUGUUCAACAAAUCAUUAGAAAUUGAACCUCGAAACUGCAAGCAGCCACCUAGAUUUCCUAGGAAAACAACAUACCCUCUAAAAUCUCCUGGAAUAAGGCCCAAUACUGGCAGACAUGGUUCCACCUCUGGAACCUUGCGAGGUCACCCAACGCCACUGGAAAGGGAACCAUGUAAAAUAAGUUUCAGUAGAAUUACUGAAGCAGAGCAUGAGUCAGCAGCAUCGGCCCCAACUUCUCCGAAUACGCCAUCUACUCCACCAGUGUCUGCCUCUUCAGAACUUAGUGUAUUUUUAGAUAUUGAUCUCAACAGUUCUUAUGGUAACAAUAGCAUCUUUGCUCCUGUCCAUUUGCCGCAGUCAAAAUCUUUCUUCAGUUCGUGUGGUAGUAUACAUAAACUAAGUGAAGAGCCUCUGGUUCCUCCUCCACUUCCUCCACGCAAAAAGUUUGAUCAGGAUGCUUCUAACUCUAAGGGAAGUUUAAAAUUGGAUGAUGAUCCUCCUGCUAUUCCACCAAGGCAACCUCCUCCUCCAAAGAUACAACCUAGAGUUCCUGCUUACAAUAAUCCAUUUGAUCAACUGCUGCAUAGUCCACCACCACCCCCUCCAAGAGACCCUCUUCCUGACACCCCUCCACCAGUACCACUUCGGCCUCCAGAACACUUCAUAAACUGUCCAUUUAACCUCCAGCCACCGCCAGUGGGACGCUUUCACAGAGAUCCAGAUCGGUUCAGGGAAGCCAGCACAUGCCCAAGCUCACCAAACACUCCUCCAAGCACACCCUCUCCAAGGGUCCUGCGUCGCUGCUGUGGGCUCAGCUCGAGUCACAACAACCUUGCCCAUCCUCUAGCUCCCCCAGUCCCACCAAGGCAAAAUUCUAGCUCUCAGUUACCAAAACUGCCACCAAAGACUUACAAAAGGGAGCUUUCCCACCCUCCUUUGGACAGACAGUCUUUGCUAGAGAAUGCAGAAACUCCUCAAUGACCGUAGCCAUAUUAGUCAUUGACACUGGAAUAGUAUUUGUAAAGUUCCUUUUUAUUUAUUCAAAAAAAGGCAGUGUAUUUUAGUACUUUCACAAAUAAUGCUCUUACAAAAGUGCUGCUGAUCCAAAAAAAAAAAGUUAAAAAUUAGAAAAACUCUCUGCUCUUUGUCUACUCCCACAGCAUUACCCUCAGGUGAUCAGUAGCAUUGCCUUGUCUCAGAUCCUCAGUGCCGACAGCUAUGCCAGUAUAAAGAUUAUAUAUUUUGCACUGUAAACUACACUACAUGAAUUUAAACUAUCAGUUCAUUGCACUGAGCCGGAAAAAAAAGGUGCGUUUGUGGAAUUUUUCAAAUUUGAGCACGAGUGGCCUUUAUUUAAAAAAAAAAACAAAAACAAAAAAAACCAGUGGAAUUGCUACACAAGCAUGAGGAUGGAUAGUGUUACUGAUUUUAAACCUCUGGCUACUUGCCUUCGAAUUUUAUGUAAAUCUGGGAAGUUUGUGAAUGACAGCUACUGUUCUCAAAUUUUUAAUGCCAUGUCUUAAUGUCCAGUCAUUUGCUGCUGAAGAGGAAAAAGAAAAAUGAGUUGAAAA